AUGGCAUGUGAAGAAAAAUUUAAACAGUUGUUGUAUUCCGAGGAGACUUCCGAUACUGAAAUCGAGAGAGAAGUUGAUGAGUCGGAAACUUACAUUGAUCGCUGGAGAUCUUUAAAACAAAAAAAAAUGAAUCCGAUAUCUGAGUCUAAAGACAAAGAAUCGCUUGAAGUUGAUAAGAGAACUGAUAGUAGUUCUGAAAUGGAUCAAGCUCUUUCCAACUUGUCUACCAAUCCAAACAUAGUCCUGCAGACAUUCAAAGUUGUAAUUAGAGGCAACGGGAAAAAACGUGCAGCAAGAGCUAUUAUCGAUACUGGUUCACAGCGGUCAUAUUUACUACGAGCUACAGCUGAAGAAAUGAGCUAUGAGCCUACCAGCUGUGAAUAUUUGCAGCACUCCCUAUUUGGUGGCAAGCAUACUGGGGAGUUAGCUGCUUAUAAUGUAAAUAUUGUGGAUAAUUGUGAAGAUCCUAUUGAAAUCCUUAUCGGAGCUGAUGUAGCUGGGAAGCUCAUGACAGGAGUUCAGUCCAUGUUAUCUACAGCAGAGACAAUAACAGACUUAUGGUCCUUGGAUACACUUGGCAUAACUGACCCAUCUGUGAAGAAAAGCCAGAUCGAGUUGCAAGAAGCUGCUCGAAUGCAUUUUCUAAAUACAGUUCAUUUGGUAGAUGAUCGUUUUGAAGUAGAUUUGCCUUGGUUGGAAGAUCAUCCACCACUCCCAGAUUAUUUUGAUUUAGCAAAGGGAAGACUGAACAAGACUGUUAAACGUCUUAAAACCGAGUCUAAUUAUGAAGCUUAUGGGAAUGUUUUUAGGGAAUGGCUUGAGGAGGGAGUAAUUGAGGAAGUUGCCAAAAAUGAUCAGGCUUCAGUACAUUAUCUGCCUCAUCGAGCAGUUAUCAAGGAGAAUAGCACUACAAAAAUCCGGCCUGUUUUUGACGCUUCGGCCAAGGCAAAGGGAUUUCCUAGUCUUAAUGAUUGUCUUGAGAAGGGGCCGAAUCUAAUAGAGCAGAUUCCGAGUAUUUUAACCCGAUUUCGAAAAGAGAAGAUCGGUGUUAUUGCUGACAUCCGAAAAGCCUUUCUACAAAUAGGUGUUUCACCCACGGACAGAGAUUACUUGAGGUUUUUGUGGAUUGGUAAUGAUGGUCAGCUGAAAGAGUACAGACAUUGCCGUGUAGUUUUUAGUGUAUCGAGUAGCCCUUUUCUUCUAAAUUCUACUAUUCAGCUUCAUUUACAAACUGUUUUGGAAAAAACAGGAACUGGAGAAUCUUCGUAUCCAAAAGAUGUCAUUCAAAAACUUGCGCAUAGUUUUUAUGUCGACAAUUGUGUUAGUUGCGUUAAAAAUGAAAAAGAACUACAUCGUUUUAUUAACGUUUCGACUGAGGUAAUGGCCGAGAAAAAAUUCAAGCUUAGAGGGUGGGAGUUCAGUGAUGUCAAUGCUGAUACUUCUGCCGAUACAAAUGUGCUCGGCCUGGUAUGGAAUAAAAAAUCUGACACUCUACGUAUUAAUACUGCAAGUGUAAAAGAAUUAUGCUUUGAAAAGGUAACUAAGCGAUUAAUCUUAUCUACAGCUCAUAGAUUGUUCGAUCCUCUUGGUAUAUGUUGUCCUGUCAUCCUAAUUCCUAAAUUAUUGCUUCAAGAAACGUGGAAGCAGAAAAUAACAUGGGAUGAAGAAGUUGAUAAAAUUACAAAAAAUAUAUUUUUAAAAUGGCUAAAAGAUAUUGACUGUUUAGAGAAAAUCCGUUUUCCAAGAUAUUUUGGUUCAGAGAUUGCAAGUGGAGAUAUUUCAGUACAUAUUUUCUGUGAUGCUAGUAAGCAUGCUUAUGCUGUCGCUGCUUUCAUCCGAAUACAGACUUGUGAUUCAGUUAAAGUACAACUUAUACAAGCCAGGAGUAGAGUUUCACCAACAGGAAAGGAAGGGAUUACUAUCUCUAGACUUGAGUUACUUGCAGCUACUGUCUCAGCAAGACUUUCAACUUCUAUUUUGUCAGAGAUACAGAGUGAAGAAGUUUACUUCUGGACUGAUUCUUCGACUGUCUUGACAUGGAUUAUGAGAGAAGAAGCCUGGAAUGUCUUUGUCCAGAAUAGAGUGAAGGAAAUUAGAGCUUUAACAAAUAAAAGUUCUUGGACACAUAUCCCUGGUUCCAUGAAUCCUGCUGAUCUCCCGAGUAGAGGUUGUUCAGCUCAAACUUUAUUGAAAUCUAACUGGUGGUUAGGACCAAGUUGGCUUUACUUGCCUAAAGAGGAUUGGCCAAAAGGAAAUCUAAGCUUAAAUGAAAACGAGAUUGUUCGGGAAAAGAAAAAGACCAUAGUUUCAUCUGUGACAAGAAACGAGAGAGAUAAUAAAUUAAAAACUUUAGGAGUAUUUAAGGAUCAGAGUGGAAUCCUCAGACUGAAAACGAAACUUACCUUUCGACAGGAUUCAGAAGAGUUUAAAACUCCAGCUAUUCUUCCGUCCGAUCAUGAGGUGGUCAAGAGAUUAAUACGAUAUUAUCACGAGAAAAAUGCACAUGCUGGUACCCAAAUUUUAAUAAAUAUUCUUCGAGAGAGAUUUUGGCUUCUUAAUGCUCGAAAAACGGUGAGAUCUCUGAUUAAUAAGUGCACCGUAUGUAGAAGAUUUUCUGCAAAAAGCGUGCAAGUUUGCACAGCAAACCCUCCAAACGACAGACUCCGAGAAGCGGCUGUAUUUGAAAUUUGUGGCAUUGAUUUUGCUGGUCCAGUGAUCUUAAAAGGUAACACCAAAUCCUGGAUUUGCUUAUUCACCUGCGCCGUAUACAGGGCAGUGCAUCUAGAAUUGGUUGAGUCCAUGUCUACUGAGAGUUUUUUACUUGCCCUUAGAAGAUUUAUAUCCCGCAGAGGAAGAAGUAAAAUAAUUUACUGUGACAACGGAACUAACUUUGUAGGAGCUUCAAAUGCGCUACGAGAUCUAAACUGGAAGCAGAUUGUUGAUGAUACAUCUAUAUCACCAAUUCAAUGGAAGUUUAAUCCACCAACUGCCUCAUGGUGGGGAGGUUGGUGGGAGAGAUUAAUAGGUAUUCUCAAGAGUUUACUGAGGCGAGUACUAGGAAGAGCUUCUUUAACUUCUGAAGAAAUGAUCACCAUUCUCUGCGACUGUGAAGCAGUGAUCAACUCCCGUCCAUUGACCUAUGUUACUGAAAAUGAUGUUACUUUGAUGCCUUUAAGUCCAUCUCUAUUUCUUCAAGACAUUCAAACAAGUGGUGUUCCUGAUCUUGAUGAUAUUGGACACAGAAGUCUGAAUAAACGAGUCAAAUACAGAGAAAACUUACAAAAGGAUCUGCGAAAAAGAUUUAGAUCCGAAUAUCUAGGAGCACUUAUUCAAAAAUCGGAUAAGACAAGAUCAGUGAAAGUGAAUAUCGGUGAUGUUGUAUUGAUAGGAAGUGACAACACCAAGCGACUGAAUUGGCCACUGGGAAAAAUAAUAGAGAUUAUUCCAGGUCAAGAUGGAGUAACAAGACUUGUGAGACUUAAAACGGCAAAUGGAGAAUUACUAAGACCAACUCAGAGACUGUAUCCAUUAGAAGUCUCUAAUGAUGAUCUUAUUGUUGAGAACUUUUCAACUAAGAAGUUGGAAACUUGUAAAGAGUCUGGCUCUAACAAUGUGUGUGAUGUAAGCUUUGAACCACAGUUUCAUAAGACUAGAACAGGUCGUACGGUCAAAAUACCUAAAAGACUGGACUUGUGA